UGAACGCCAUUUGCUACGAGAUCCGUCGUCGUUCCGUUUGCUCUUCCAUCUCCGCCCCAUCAGCCGUACAUCAUGGGUGAACCCCAGUACCUGAACUACCCUCCUCUGCCUCUGGCGCAAAGCGUCUUCACCCUCGUCUCCCCCUACGCCUCCGCCGAAUCCAAACAAACCUCUCUCACCACUCUUCAAGAUGGCAUCCGUGAGCACAAGAUGGCGCCUCUAUACGCCUACCUCGCACACCCCCAGACCGGAAAGCUCAAUCCGAGCGGAGAGGGGACGGCGUCGGCGGUGCUGUCUCCCGUCUUGAGCAGACAGAGCACCACCAACGCCCUGGGUACGCGCCCUUCACCGGAGCUCCUGCUGAGGAGAACGAGCAGUAUCAAUGCUCCUUCGAUCGUUGGCGUUCUGGGUGGGAAGACGGAUUCGAGCGUGGGGCUUCCGUGGGAUGAGAAGCUGUAUGAAGAGUUGAAGGCGGACAACGAAAAGGAGCUGGAGGCAAUUCAGAAAGAGGAGGAUCAGGCGGUGGAGAUUGAAGGAGAGACCGAGAUUCAGAAUGCGCAAGGCAAGCGUGCGGAGCUGUACGCCCGGAUCGGCGACAAAGACAAGGCGUUGGAGGAGUUUGAGAAGCUGUUCGACAAGACGAGCAUUCUCGGCAGCAAGAUCGACAUCGUCUUGGCCAUCAUCCGCAUUGCUCUCUUCUUCGACGACAAGCUACUGGUCAAGAAGAAUGUGGAUCGGGCAUCGAUGCUGGUGGAGAGUGGCGGCGAUUGGGACCGUCGGAACAGACUGAAAGCUUACCAGGGCAUUCAUCUCCUCACCAUCCGCGCCCACAAUCUCGCCGCCCCGCUGCUACUCGAUUCGCUGUCCACCUUCACCUCCACCGAACUUUGCCCGUACUCCUCUCUCGUUGUCUACGCCACCCUCGCCGGCUCCGUCAGCUUACGACGAGGAGAUUUCAAGAGCAAGGUUGUGGACGCUCCCGAAAUCCGCGCAGUCUUCGGCUCAGAGGCAGGUUCUGACCGGCUGGCUGCUCUCAGUGGAGGCGCAUCGUCCGGCGCAGGCGCAGCCGACGUAAAUGAUCAGGAGAUGGCCGACUCCACCGCCACUCCAAAACCCACGGCCGUCAAUCUGACCACUCUCGCGUCUGGCUCUGCAGACGCCGAAGCUCAAGCGAAAGCAGAGCCGCAAAUCGACUUCCGUCCGUUGGCCGCCAUGAUUCAAAGCCUUUACACCGGCACCUACAGCACAUUCUUCACCGCCCUCGCCAAAGUGGAAACGGACUUCCUCGCUGCAGACCGCUAUCUGUUCGAGCAUAAGAACUGGUUUGUGCGGGAAAUGCGGCUGCGCGCCUAUUCCCAACUCCUCCAAUCCUACAAGAUCGUCUCGCUCUCGUCCAUGGCCGACAGCUUCGGCGUGUCUGUGGACUGGUUGGACAAGGAUCUCGCGCCUUUCAUCGCGGGCAAGAGAUUGGCAUGCUCCAUCGAUCGGGUGCGGGGCGUGAUCGAGACGCAGAGAAGUGAUGGAAAGGAGAGGCAGUAUGCGGAUGUGGUGCAGAAGGGUGACCAGCUCAUUACGAAGCUGCAGAAGUACGGACAGGUGGUCAGGUUGAGAGGUAGCGAGAGGGGGUGAGGGCGACUGAGAAAGUCGGCCAAUUGUGUGCUUCAU